AUGCUUAAAUUUUAAAAGAGAUCAAGAAAUGAAAUCAAAGGGUGCUUUCUUAACCUUGUCAAUUCUUUAGAUUUUUUUGGGCAACCUCCAUUUUUUCGAAUUUUGAAAAGAUAAAAAUUUAAUACAGUCUUGGGGCACAUUCUAACAAUUAUCUUAAUGAUUGUUUGUGGAUUAUAUAUGUAUUAUUAGAUAUAAGAUUUGCUUAAUCAUGGAACUCCAAACAUAAUCAUUUCAGAAACUCAACCAAUUAGCAUGCCUGUAAUUGAAUAAAUUAAAUUUUAGGCAUUUACUUUAGAUCCAAAAAAUUUCACAUUUGUAAUUAGUAUAACAGAUACUUCAUUAUUAUCAUUGUCAACCUUUAAGAAACAUUUUGAUGUAGUUUUAACAGCUUGUAAUCGAACUCGUUUUUUCAAUGAAACAAAGCAAGCUUAAGAUGUCUCAUUAUAGUAAAUUAUUAAUAUAUAUUAGAUGCCGCAAUGUACCUUUAGAAAGUUGUAAUCUAGAUAAACAUUUUCCAAUGGAUUACUAAAAGCAAUUCUUCUCAAAGUUUCUUUUAAAAAAUUUGUUUUGUAUCAAUUCCACUGUGAGUGAAGAAAACCCACCUGUAAUAAAUUAAUUCUAUAUAAGUAAAUAUAAGGAUAUUCAAAUGCUGAUACUUUUCAAUUUUUACAAGUAUUAAUGAUGCCUUGCAGAAAUUCAUCUACUUAUAAUGGAUGUAGUCCUCCUGAAGAAAUUUAAACUGCACUAAAAGCAGGAUAUUAUGCUAUAUAUUUGGGAGAUACUUUAUUGAAAUUAGAUAAUCCAGGUCGACCAUAUGAGGAGAUUAUUACAGUUUAAUUUUCUUCAUUUUCAUCAAGUCAAUCUAAAUAAAUUUAGUCAAAUUUUAAAAUGAUUGAGACAAAGACAGAUGUAGGAUUAAUUAGAUCAGACAUAAAAACAGAAUUAGCCCUACUAUAAUCUACUUAAAAAGAUUUCUAAUCUUCAUAUAAUCAAGUAUCUUACAUAGAGAAUCUCAUUUUUAUGGAAUAAAGAGUUGGAAAUUAUAAGAGAUCUUACAUUAAACUUUAAAAUAUAUUAGGUAAUGUUGGAGGACUAUGGUAAUUGGUUGCUCUUACUAUUAGCACAUUAGUCAGUCCUGUUGUUGCAACAUUGAUGAAUUUAUAAAUGGCCAAUCGUAUAUUCAAUUUUGAAAAUAAUUUGAAUAAUAAUGAAUCUCCAUCUGUAUCACGUUCAAUCAAUAAUUUUAAUGAAAAUCAAAAUUAGAAUGAUUUCAUUAAGGAAGACAAAAAUAAAUUGGGAAAUUCUUAAAAGAAAUCUAAAAAGAAUUUAAAUUAAGUAGAAAAUAGAUUAGAAUUAAAAAAAUAUUUAAAAUAGAAAAAAAAAUAAUUGGAAAUUGGUAUAUGUGAUUUAUUUUGUAUGAAUUUGGGAAUUAAGAAAUCAUUUUAACAAUAAAUCAAAUAUUCAAUUGAAAAAAUAUUUAAUAAAUUAGAUGUUGUAAAUAUAUUAAAUAAAAUGCAAGAAAUUGAUAAAUUGAAAUAUGUACUCUUAAAUAAAGAAUAAUUAGAAUUAUUUAAUUAUAUUCCUAAACCAUUAAUUCCAUCUGAUAUGUUUUCAAAAGACUUUGAGUAAAAACUUAAUGCAUUAGAAGAAAAACUAGAAUUUUAAUUUAUACUUUAAGAAGAAAAAUCUGAUCUUUCUAAAAUUGAAUCUGCUUUUUAUGCAUACAUGAAAUUACAUUAAAAGAAAAAGCUUAGUGAAACAGAUAAAAAUAUCUUAGAUCUUGUUGGUGAAGAUAUGAUAUCAAUUUUUGAAAAAAUCAACAAAAAUUAAGAUGAAUUUUUAAUUUAAAGCAAUAGAAAUAUUCAUUCAAAUUUAAAUUUAUUGGAAUAACAUUAAAUUGAAAUAUUAUCCCCUAUAAGUAGUAAAGGAGAUAAUGUUUAAUUUAAUUAAAAUGAUAAUGAUAUUGAUUGUAAUUCUUAUUAAAAUGAUGACCAUGAUGAAUAAGCAGCUUAAAUACCACCUAAAAUUCCAUAUAAGAGUUGA